AUGAGAAGUACAAGUUGUAGUAUGGGACCGGAGUCACUAAUAGAGCUACCUUUGAAUGUGUUAUUUCGAAUACUGUGUUUCUUAGAGUUGGAAGAGCUCCGAAACGUAGCAAGAUGUUGUAAAUUGAUGCGAAUAUUGGUCAAUGAGAAUUUGAUGCUUACGAAUAAUUUGGUGGAACUAAAUAGUAGCCGUGACCAGUGGACUAGGAGGCUUUUCUUCGAUGUUUUUGAUAUUUUAAAUGGGAGCAGAAACGUUCUUAUGAAGCUGACUAUGGAAAAUAGAGUCUCAAUAUUUGAUUCUGUACGCUAUGUGCAGCAGAAAUGCGAACUGGGAUACUCUGCUAAUGAAACGCAACUUUUGCUGAUGCAGAAUGAAGAUUUGGACUUCAUGAAUGACAUACGAGAUGCAAAAGAAAAUUAUGAGAGUGAGGCUAAGGACCGGGGAAAAGAAACCUUAACGUAUUUGAAGAUUUUACAGGGAUUCCAUAACUUAGCCCUAGCUUCGCGGGAUAAUACGGAGGAGAUUGCGGCUCCAGUGCAAGAUGAUGAAGACCUUGCAACCCCGGUGAAGAACGACACAACAAUCUUUCAACCAUGUCCGAAACAGACAAGAACUAUCUCACCCACAACUUCUAGCUAUUCAAAAUCCUCUGAAGGGUCUCUGUUUUCUGAUCUACCACCAAAGCUUUCAGACCGUGGUUGGCACUCAUCCAUCUACGAGCUCGAGCACGUCUCAGACCAUGCGAGUGCUAGUGGUUCUGAGGAUGAUAGUUUUUCCUCAAAUGACUCCAUGGUCCGGCUGAGAAACUCCACAAAAGUGAAAGACAAAGCAGCUCUAUUUGAGAAACUAAUCUCCAAGGACUUCGGAUUAUUAAGCAAUCCCAAGAAAUGUCAAACGAGAAAAUCCUAUGGUGCGUUGAGCGCAGACAGCAUAGAUUUACGACCAGCAAGCAGUAAGAGAACCAUAUCUCAAGGAUACCUCAAAGAACUUGAGAGAUGCAACUUGCCAUCGCGUUCCAGCACGCCAAUACUUCAAGAAGAUCUCACACGCAUGGAUAGGUCUAUUUCGAAGUAUCAGGACCACAUCCUAGCGGAAUACGAUGUCGAGAUAAAGGCACUCACAGAUUUUCAAGACGAUAGUGGGAAGAGGCCCCGAAAGCUCAAUUCCAGGAUAUCUCAAAGAAGUAAACUAAAGGCUUUUGUCACAGAAGACAACAAAAUCUGUUAUGAAAGAUUGUAA